CAAAUUGCGCGAUUCAAAUUAAUUAAGUCACCGCAGAUACAGCCAUUAACCUGUCUCGUUCACAUUGCAUGAAUAUAGUGGAUAUGGUACUUCAUAAGAUUUAAAGCAAGUGAACGUCUACAUUUGAACACAUUGGUAAAUCAUCUUCAUUAACAGCUUCGCUUCAGCGAAAACAAACGCAAGAUGAGACGUUGUCCCGAAGUUGAGGAAUAUAGAGUUGUGUAUUAAUAAAAGUAUACACGUGAUGUUUUUGGAUGUUUUCCAGAUGUUACUUAUUAUAAUAUUAGAAGAUACUUGUUAGGAAAUAUGAAGACGAUACAGCGCAAGAUUUUGUGCGGAAUCGGUGUAACAUUGUUAGUAUUAGUAUAUACUUUAGUUGAUGUGAUGGUGAACGAGAACGGAAUGUUCACUCAAUUGUUCCGACAGGUUACCGCCGUCCCCGAUGUUCUUGACUGGAAUUCGGUAACGCAGAACAUGUCAGCGUUGGGCAGGUGCAAACUCGUGACGGCGCCCCUAAGAACGCCGGUGGACCUCAGAAUCAUUGUGAUCACGUACAACCGGCCGAAGGCGGCCUUGCGGCUUCUUGACUCCAUCUCUAAAGCGUACUUUGAAGGUGACUCGAUACUACUCGAGGUCUGGAUAGAUAUGCCUAAGAACGGAAAAGUUUCACAAGAAACCGUGGCAGCUUUGAGGAACUUCCGGUUCUCAUCCGGAGAUUGUCAUAUACACGUGCACAAAGAACAUGUUGGAAUAACCGGUCAGUGGUUACAUACAUGGAAUCCACCAAGAGAAACCCCUGAAAUGGCGGUGAUUCUCGAAGACGACCUGACUGUGUCUCCAUAUUUCUAUAGAUACCUCAAACUGGUUGACCGAAAAUACGGCCACAGUCCAAAUGUUAGCGGCUACUCGCUCCAGGGUAAAAGCAUCAGACACAGCUCCCUGGUGAGCGACUGCUGUUUAGAAGUAGAUACGAAGUAUCCAGUGUUUUUAUAUCCCACCCUGGGCACGUCCGGCUUCGCUCCAAAUCGGUUGCCAUGGAUAAAGUUUCAAGACUGGUUGGCGGAAGUAAAGAAGAACAACCAGUCCGUCCCGUAUGUCCCCGAACAUAAGGCUACAAUCUGGUACAAAUCUUUCCUAUCCACUAACGAGGCGGACUCAAUGUGGGAAAUGGAAUACCUGUACUAUACCUGGAAGAACCAGCAAUAUACAGUGUAUCCGAAUUUUCAAGACUGGUUAGCUGAAGUAAAGAAGAACAACCAAUCCGUUCCGUUUGUCCCCAAACAUAAGGCUACACGGUGGUACAAAUCUUUCAUAGCCACUAAUAAAGCAGACUCAAUGUGGGAAAUGGAAUACCUGUACUAUACCUGGAAGAACCAGCAAUAUACAGUGUAUCCGAAUUUUCAAGACCACAGAGGUCUGACCUUUAACUGGUACGAGGACGGUCUACAUUCCACGGGCAAGGGCAGGGGAAAAACGGAAGAACAACGUAAUUUAGUAUUAGAAUGGACACUUGAUGACCAGAGUUUGCCUUCUGAACCAGCAUAUGUUGACAACAGGGGAGUUGUUAUAAAAACUGAAGUUCGGAAAACGGAGACCUAGCUUGCCAGUAAUUUACCUUCUCAUUGUUACAAACAAGAAACUAGUAAUCAGCACCCUUACGAAUAAAAACAUGUCACAUUCCUUCACAAUCAAUUUAUUCUUAUUUAAAAGUUUUUUCACUGUGUAUUCGAAAAAGACAAAUAUUAAAAGUGAAAACUCGUCAACAUGGAAUCUGCUUAAGCAAUGUAUGGCCGUCAAUAUUACCAUGACCAAUUUUGAAACUUUUGCUAAAUUGCAAGGGGAUAUUCAGUCUGCGGUCGGACAAGAAAGCAUGACGGCGAGAAAGUUAAGCGUGAAGAGCAUUAAUACAAACAUCAUGCAUUAUGCACAAUUUAAUCAUGAUCAAUCGUUUCAUUGUGUUUAUUAUUUUAUGAGUUACAUAAUUUUCUGUUGUCUUCAACUAAUAAUUGAAUUGAAAUCAUUGAAAUACAAUUGAAAUGAGCCAUAUGUGUCUAUUCAGUAUUUAUAUUGAUUUUACUUUUGUAUUGCGUAAUUUUCUUGCAUUAUCUCGCCUUUUAAAACGAUAUGAUACUUUUAAAAUAUCCAGUAUAUAUUCUUAUGGUAUAAUUCGUUCGAGUCGCAUGCACAUAUUUAGAAAUCUAUGUCGUAGACAUCCAUGAUUGCUUAAAGAAACCGCUUACCUUAUAUUCCCAAAAGUGUUUGAAUGUCAUAUAGAACAACUAAACAUGACAAAAUACAAUGCAUUAAAAAUAUGAUUAAGUAUUACACACCAAAUAAUUAGUGCAAACCAAUUAUAUAAUUGGCCAAAAAAUUAAUGUUGCAUUCUAAAUGUAUGGUAGUUUGUUCCUGGUAACUGAUCAUGUCUGACGUAACUGUUUCAUCUGAUGAGUUGUAUUUUCAACCACAUCAUGAAAACAAACUAUUUUUUUCCCAACCCUGUAACUCGAUGUUGUGGCUGACUAUUCAUUUCCAAAAACGUUUUGCAUAGUCUGAUAUAUAUAGAAACAUGGUUUAAAAUAAAAAAUACCUUAAAUCGUGUGUAUGUAGACAAUCACUUUACGAAUUUACCUCAUCUUUUUGUUGAAGUAUUUAUGUAUCAUGUUGAGACUCUUUUGCUAGUAUGUUGCUAAAAUAUUUAACGAAACCUCGACGUAUAAAUGACUGAUUGCAUAAGAAGUCUUUGAUCGAUACGGAUACAACUAGGUCAAUAUUUUAUUCAAAUAAGAGUAGCCAACUUUGGUUUAUAAUUAGCUUUAUAAAUGCAAACUUUGAAUAUCAAUUUUCAUUUGUAUGGAUAAUAACAAUAGUCGGGUAAUUAUUGUGUGUCAUUUAUUUCCUUCCUGUGGUUAUGUCGUGUAUAUCCCAAGCAUAAACAUUUAGGCAUAGAUAUGAUACUUUUUAUAUAUUUGUUUAAACAUUUUUCAGUUUAAGGAAAUGAACCGCUUGGUUUAAUAUGCUUAUACAUUUAAAUAUGACUUACUAUUAUAUAGCUUUACCUGAAGUUUAUGAUAUUUGUGAUAUCGCAUGUUGUCUUACUUGAGCACAAGACUCUUACGGUGUCUGUCUGUCUUGUGUCAUAACAAGUGCGUCUUUUAUAUAUAUCUUAAACACUUAAUAGGUCAUUUGUUUUUCCUAUCUUAAUGACACUUUGUCGGAAUCGAUUUAUAUAUAUCGACAAAUGUUGAGCUAGUUAACACGAUAUCAAAAGCAAGGAUCUAGUUCAAAUUGAAAAUCCAAAUUUGUUAAAGAGGUCAAAGGUAUUGCUCUACCUUCAUAAAAUAAUUCUCAACUUUAUUAUGCGAAGCGGAGGAAAGGGGUCAGAUCACUAGCCUUAACUCUAAACUCUUAUUCAAACUUACUCAGAAAUAAGUGUUAUCAUGUUUUUCGAUCGAUUUCAGGCAUGAUGACAAACCAUCAAAAAACAAUGCAGACACAAGCCAAUAAACCUUAAACUCAGGUCAGCGCCAAUGGUAUUUUGGUCCUAUCUGUACAAAAUACAAUCAUAAUUAAUCAUAUCAUAAUGAUAACAUUGAUUAUAUGCUCGAUUUUGAUAGUUAAAGUAUUGACAAGGUCUAUAUUAUAGAGCGGAGUCUGAAUGAAACGGAAUCACACAGAACACAAGAUGGAUCUGCUUCAUAAAUGGAAUCUCAAACGUUUCGACCCGCUGUCCGACACCCCAUCUAAACACUUAAUCAAUACAUUUAUUGCCAAACGUAUCACCAACAACAUCCUGUCGGUCGACCCGUUCACACUUGACCAGUCCUCUAAUAACUUUUCCUGACCCAUCUCAAUUGGAUCGCCUCAAAAUGCAUAUUUCACCAUACAGGAUUUAUGACAUGUGUACUUCUAAAUAAGAUUGAGACCUUUUUUUACAAAUUGUUGUUCUGCCACUAAGAUAGAUAUUUAUAAUUAAUUGUUGUCAUUUAUAAACUUAUUGGUAGCAUUGAUGUAUGUAUUCGUUAUGCUUGAUUUACAAAUGUAUUCCCGAUGCUUGAUUUAUGUACUGCUUUACAAAGAUAAUAAAAAUAUAAUUUGUAAUUAUCAUUGUGAACAAAUUUAUUUAAAUUAUUUUUUGUUAAUAUUGUUAUUUCAUUAUUUAACAAAGCAAUAUAACUUUUAAAUACA